GCCGGGGAGCAGUGCCAGGCCGGGCGGGCAGAGCCGGCGGAGCGAGGCGGGUGGUGCGGCUGUCCCCGCCCGGCGGCCCCGGGGGAGGUGCCGGGCUGGGCCGAGCCGCGACGCGCCACGCCAGCCCGGGGCGAGGGCUGUGGCCGCUGGGCUGAAUAAUGUUUCCAACAUGUCUGUGCAGUCUCUGCUUUGUGAAAGAAUUGCUGUUGCCAAAGACUUGAUUAAGAGAGCAGAAGCCCUUUCCAAGUCCCAGAAAAGGAGAAUAGAAGGUGGGGCAAAGCUAUGUAGCAAACUGAAGGCUGAGCUUAAUUUCUUGCACAAGGUGGAGGCAGGGAAAGUGGCCAUUAAAGAAUCCCAUCUGCAGAGUACAAACCUUACCCAUCUCCAAGCCAUUAUUGAGUCAGCAGAGAACCUGGAGGAUGUUGUCAGUGUUCUCCAUGUCUUUGCUUACGAGGACAGAUUUGGAGACAAACAGACGCUGGUGGUAGAUGUUGUUGCAAACGGAGGUCACACGUGGGUAAAGGCCAUCGGUCGUAAAGCUGAGGCCCUACAUAACAUCUGGCUGGGAAGAGGCCAGUAUGGUGACAAAAGUGUCAUUGAGCAGGCAGAGGACUUCCUGCAAGCAAGCCUUCAGCAGCCAGUGGAGUACAGCAAUCCCCACAUCAUCUUUGCGUUCUACAACAGCGUGUCCAGUCCUAUGGCAGAGAGGCUCAAGGAGAUGGGAAUCUCUGUGAGAGGAGACAUUGUUGCUGUGAACUCACUGGUAGAACCAUCUGCAGAAAAUGAGCAUCUUAACACCAGUGAAUCAGAUACAGAAGGCCCUGAACUCCUGCAGGUGACCAGGGUAGACCGAGAGAAUUUAGUGGCCAGCAUUGCUUUCCCUACCCAAAUCAAAGUAAACGUCUGCAAUAGAGUUAAUUUGGACAUCACUACGUUAAUAACCUACGUCUCUGCGCUGAGCUAUGGUGGCUGCAACUUUGUCUUCAGAGAAAAAGUGCUGACAGAGCAAGCAGCCCAAGAAAGAAGGGAGAGAGUCCUGCCUCAGCUGAAGGAGUUCAUGGAGGGAAAAGAGCUCUUUGCAUGUGAAUCUGCUGUCAGAGAUUUUCAGUCCAUCUUGGAAACGCUGGGAGGACCUGGAGAGAAAGAGCGAGCUGCAUUACUUGUUGAAAGGAUUAACGUGGUGCCAGAUCAGCCCUCUGACCGUGCCUUAGGACUAGUGGCCAGUUCAAAAAUCAACAGCCGCUCUCUAGCCAUUUUUGGGACAGGAGACACUUUAAAAGCCAUCACCAUGACUGCAAAUAGUGGGUUUGUGAGGGCAGCAGCAAACCAAGGUGUCAGGUUCAGUGUUUUUGUGCAUCAGCCACGAGCGUUGACAGAAAGCAAAGAAUCUUUUGCCACACCUCUACCAAAGCGCUGCCCAUCUGAUAAUGGAGUUUAAGUAAUUUAAUGAGACAGUAAUGGAAAUACUGCAGGUACUGCAGUGGAGGCAUUUGGGGAAACAGAAGAAUCAUAGCAAUACAGUUUUGGGUGUGUAUCAACGGUGACACCAUCUAGCAGUGGAAGAGCUCCUCAAGGGAUUUGUAAUAUCUUUACUCCUUCCUUGAGGUUAUUUUUUGUCCAGCUGACCAUUAAUUUAUUCACUAAAUAUUAAUUCAAUGUAAAUUGUUAACUGGCUUACAAUGUAUUAAUUGUAUCCAUCCCCAUUAAAAAGUUCAGUUAAAACACA